CUUGCUUUUCAAUUUCAACAAAAAUUGAUCCUCGGUUGAAGUAUGAACAAAGAUGCAAGUGAUCAUAGCGAACAGUAGCCAGAUUCUCUGCUGAGUAACACAGCGUUCGGUAAAAUCAGGGGUUCAACCAAAGUUAUUGUCAGCUUCAUGUCUUGGCAUUUGGCUCUCUAGAACAGGAAACGCCUUUCCACCUAGGGGACAAGUUGAGUCGUGUGUCAUGCUGUUUUGAUUGUCUUUUUUCUGUGUUUUUAUGCAACUCCUCGCGCUCUAUUCCGCAGAACCUCUUAUUCUGUCGGGUGUGUGGUUCAAUUGUCUCCCAUCUGCACAUCACAUGACCCCAUUCAUCAGGUGUCGUUGAUUUGAUGAUUCUUAUUAAUACGUCAGUUUUCGUGUGAGGCUUCUGGACGUCAUUCGAGCUAGAUAUCUGUUAGAUGCCAUGCUGAUAUGCUCACAGACGUUGUAUGCGGACUUGUUCAACUGCCGACGGUCCGAAGUUGACCACCAUUUCAGCCGCAUCUUCUCCAUCUGAAGUUCAAACCAACCAUGCGUACAGUACAGCAAAACUUGGCACGAGUCUGUGUGAUUGCAUCUUGCUUGGAGCGCACUGCUGUGUUUUUGAAGUGCUGAUCGAUUGUACUUCUGCCAAGACGACACUGUAACAUGUUCUGUCUCAUCGACGCGUGUUUGGCUGACGAUCACGGCAUACGGACACUUUAUCGGACCGCCAGCAAGCUAUAAGCUUUUGAUUGAUACAGAUAAAGAGGAUCGAUGGCGCAAAGCAUUAAUGCAUAUUCUGAGCGAAACACCAGGAUGGCGCCAGAUGAACCGUUCUCGUGUCAAGCUUUCAAAAAUCGCCCAGUGAUCUGGGGCAAAGGUCAUUCCGUGGUCUUGGCCAUGUCCACCUCCACUUGAAACGACCAGAUUUAUACUUUGAGCCAGUCUGAACGAUGGGGGUGAAGACUAGACAGGUGGGCGGCCAAAGAGCACACUCCCUGAAAGGGCAUCGCCAACUGUUUGUACAUCCCCAGACCGGAGGGAUAUUGUAGUUGCGGAAUGUGGUCCCGGUAUCAGGUCAACCCACUUCACCCGUUGCUUGUACAUUUUAAAUUUACAUGAUAUUCAGCCCUGCCCCCGCGACUUCAACUUUGAAAACUGGGGUGCUGGAUACCUGGAUUUUCUCAGUAUUCUAUUCUUGGCUAAUAUUUUACGGCCUCCUGGAGAGAGCCUUUCAAUUCUUUCACGGACGAAAUGACGGACCGAGCUGGCAAUGGAACGGCGGAGGCGAAUUUGGGCCGCGUACAACUUCGAAGCGAAGAUGGAGGCAUCAUCUUGGUCCCGAAGCCAUCGAGCGAUCCGAAUGAUCCCCUAAAUUGGUCACAACCUUUCAAGUACUAUAUUGCAGUGGUGACAUGUGCUGGUAUGCUCAUGACCACGUUUCUGGCUGCCGGUCCAUCUGUAGCACUGGUGGAAAUUGCUACCGAUUUUGCCGGUGGUGAUCGUUCAAAGCUGGGAGAAGUGAUUCCACAAGUUGCCUAUUUCUUCACUGUCUCCGCCCUAACCCAAGGCACCGGGAAUCUAAUUUGGCAACCUCUCAUCAACAAAUAUGGUCGGCGACCCAUGUAUAUCAUCUCGUUUUCUGGUUACCUUGGGACAGCGAUCUGGUCCGGGUUGACACUGAAUUAUGCCAGUGAACUCGUUGCUAGAAUUCUCUUGGGAUUUUUCUCUGGAGCUGGAGAAUGUCUUGGUCCAGGAACUAUUUCUGACCUGUUCUUCCUCCACGAAAGAGGCUCAAUGAUGGCUCUUUACAGUUUUGCUGUUGGAUCUGGAGUCUCUAUUGGAAUCAUAGCCAGUGGUUUCAUCGUUUUGAAAAAUAAAUGGCAAACGAUCUAUUUCGUUGGAGCGGCAUUGAUUGGAGGCCUUCUUCUCCUCAUCAUCUUCACCAUGCCCGAAACGUCCUACAAUCGAACGUAUGAUGAUCAAGUGGAUGAUGACAUGCCCAAAUCAAAGCGAACUGACUACCGCCUCUCGCUAUCUAUCAUCCUCGAUGAAUCCGAUAAAGCAAGGGUGGCACGCUACUACGAAAAGAACGACCGACUGGCGAAGAUGGGUUCUUCGGAUGAUUAUUCCGUCAUUGAGCUCUUUGAGGAAAGAAUACGUCGACUUGAAGAAGCUGUUCUUGGCAACAGACAAUAUGCACCUCUCUCAAAUGGUAUUCGAUCGGUAAAGAAGUCCUACUGGAGUACAUUGGCCCUGUUCACUGGGGAGAUCUAUACCAGUCAAUCGCUUUGGACCAUGUUCGCACGUCCGUUUGGAAUGAUCCUACUGCCUCCUGUGCUGUGGGCAACUUCUGUCAUGGCGACUCUUGUCGGCUUCAGCGUCGCACUUUCCUCAACGUUUGCAAAUGACUUUGCUGUCGCCUACAACUUCACCGCUUUUCAAUCCGGACUGGCAUUUUUCGGGAGUCUGGUGGGAGGUAUCCUCGGCGUGCCUGCCGGAGGUCCAGUUGGAGAAAUCGUUGCGAACUACUUCACCACUCGAAACCGAGGGGUUCGUGAGCCUGAAUUUAGACUGCCUGCAAUGGCGAUCUCCAUCAUUACUGCACCUCUCGGACUCGUUCUCUAUGGUGUGGGUCUGGAGCAUAAAAUGCAUUUCAUGGUGCCUGUUACUGGUAUAGGGUUGCGUGAGUAUAACUAAUCCAUUCACUCACCGGAUUGAUUAUUGACAAAUGGCAGUAUCAUUCUCCCUAGGCCAAGCGAUGAAUAUCUCAUUCGUCUAGUAAGUCAAGUAUUGGAGCGCAGAGAUUGAUCGGCUGACAUAUUUUAGUACCCUUGAUGCAUAUGGACCUGUCGCUGGAGAAGUCACAAUCGCCCAACUCGCGUUCAAAUGUAAGUCAUUUCAAUCUUGCGCCAGAAAGUCGUUUCAAGACGAUGCUUGGGACCGUGUCCAGUCAUCCAGAUCGUUGCUAAGAUUGAAUAGCUGUCAUUGGAUUCGGUCUCUCAGCAACUACCAAUUCAUGGAUUGCUAGUUCGGGACUAGUAGUUGCACUCAGCGAGAUGGCCGGUAUAACCGCCUUCGUUCUUCUGCUCUCAAUUCCCAUGUUCUUCUGGGGAGCGAGGCUGAGGAGGUGGAGUCUGGGGUGGCCAAUUGUGAAGUUCGUGAGAUGGGAGGGUUUGUGAAGUUGGAAUACGUCUUGAAUUGAUUUAUUUUAGUCAUGCGCAGAGGUCUACUUCCACUGGCUCUGGAAGUGCUGCCUCUUAUCAGAAGCCUGUUGCGCAAAAGGGUUCAGGGCAAGUCACGUGUGGAUAUGCACACUCCAGAAACCGCUUGCCAUAUUACACGUCCCUCGUUUUCGAUGCACUUUAGAAUAUAAUAAUGAAUUCUUCACAUA